UCCGCCCUGUUUUCCGAAAAGGACCAAGCAGCAUCCACGAGCUCCGGCAAGAAGAGAAGGAGGAGCCUUUCCCGCCGCCGCCGGCGGAGCUCGCGCCGUGUGAGGGCCCCGCGGUCUACCCUGGUGUUGCUUGGCGCCUGUGGGGAGGGAGCUGCUGACUCCUCCCUUCUUCCCUCCCUCCCUCCCGGUUCUCGUGCCGCCGCUGCUGCCCCCCCCCCGCCCCCUCCGGUUGUGCGGUCUGCUGGCGUGCUGAGUCGGUCGGUCGCAAUGGAAAACCCAGCAGUUUCCUUUUCCUCGCCCGCGUUGACGAGCGAGCGCCUCUCCCGUUGGAAAAGCCCUGGAAUAGGUUGGCGGUGCUUCUUCCCCGCUUUGGAGAGGUGGCUGAUUCUCCCUGCUAAUAAUCACUGUUUGCUGUCGGGUCUCCUUUGCUUGCCUUGUUUAAGACUUAAGAGGAUACAGGAUCCAAGCAGCAGGAUGGAAUUGAAUGGAGAAAGUAUGCUGACUAACAAGCCAGAAUCUGUAACUUCAAAAUUGUGAUUUGUGUGGACUACGCUGGGAGUUUGAGCUGCAAAAUCUUUCCAAGGGAUUCCAGAAGUGUAUAAACAGCCAUGGCACUCUUCACUCCAUGGAAAUUGUCUUCUCAGAAACUUGGCUUCUUUCUGGUGACUUUUGGCUUUAUUUGGGGAAUGAUGCUCUUGCAUUUUACUAUUCAACAGAAGACUCAGCAUGAAAGCAGUUCAGUGCUUCGUGAACAAAUACUAGAUCUCAGUAAAAGAUACAUAAAAGCAUUAGCAGAAGAAAAUAGAAAUGUAGUGGAUGGACCUUACGUAGGGACAAUGACUGCAUAUGAUUUGAAGAAAACUCUUGCAGUCUUACUGGAUAAUAUAUUGCAGCGCAUUGGGAAGCUUGAGUCUAAGGUUGAGAACCUUGUAAUCAAUGGCACAGGUACAAAUUCCACAAAUAGUACCACCACUGCAAUUCCUAGUUCGGGGACAGCUGAAAAGCUGAAUGUUGCAGAUCUCAUUAACGGAGCCCAGGAACAGUGUGAAUUGCCUCCUAUGGAUGGUUUUCCUCACUGUGAGGGCAAAAUAAAAUGGAUGAAAGAUAUGUGGAGAUCAGAUCCUUGUUAUGCAAGUUACGGUGUUGAUGGGUCUACAUGCUCAUUCUUUAUUUACCUCAGUGAGGUUGAAAAUUGGUGUCCUCGUUUACCCUGGAGAGCAAAAAAUCCCAACGAAGAAAUGGAUCAGAAGACAUUGUUGAAGGCUGAAAUCAGAACCAAUUUUGAUUUGCUAUAUAAAAUGAUGUCAAGACAUGAAGAAUUCCGGUGGAUGGUGCUGCGAAUAAAAAGGAUGGCUGAUACUUGGAUAGAAGCAAUAAAAUCACUUGCUGAGAAGCAAAACUUGGAAAAGAGAAAACGAAAAAAAGUCCUUGUUCAUCUGGGGCUCCUCACAAAAGAAUCUGGAUUCAAGAUUGCAGAAAAUGCCUUCAGUGGUGGCCCACUUGGCGAGCUAGUCCAGUGGAGUGAUUUAAUCAUAUCGCUCUAUUUACUGGGCCAUGACAUAAGGAUUUCGGCUUCCCUGGCAGAACUCAAGGAGAUUAUGAAGAAGGUAGUUGGUAACAGAUCUGGCUGUCCUACACAGGGGGAUAAAGUGGUGGAGCUUAUUUAUAUCGACAUUGUGGGACUCACUCAGUUUAAGAAAACGCUUGGGCCAUCUUGGGUUCAUUAUCAGUGUAUGUUACGGGUGCUAGAUUCCUUUGGGACUGAACCAGAGUUUAAUCAUGCUCACUACGCCCAGUCUAAAGGCCACAAAACCCCGUGGGGGAAGUGGAACCUUAAUCCACAGCAGUUUUAUACAAUGUUUCCUCACACUCCAGAUAACAGUUUCCUUGGAUUUGUUGUGGAACAGUAUCUGAAUUCCAGUGAUAUCAAACACUUCAAUGUCAUUAAAAGGCAGGAUCAAUCACUUGUUUAUGGGAAAGUUGAUAACUUCUGGAAGGAUAAAAAGUCUUAUUUGGAUGUCAUUCAUGCCUAUACAGAAGUUCAUGGGACUGUCCAUGGCACAAGUGCUGUCCAUAUGCCCAGCUAUGUUAAAAACCAUGGGAUUCUCAGUGGCCGAGAUUUACAAUUCUUGCUGAGGGGAACAAAACUUUUCGUGGGUCUUGGCUUCCCAUAUGAGGGUCCCGCACCUUUGGAGGCUAUUGCAAAUGGAUGUGCAUUUUUGAACCCAAAGUUUAACCCACCAAAAAGCAGCAAAAACACAGACUUCUUCAAAGGCAAGCCAACUCUUAGAGAGUUGACAUCUCAACAUCCCUAUGCUGAAGUCUACAUUGGGAAACCUCAUGUUUGGACAGUAAAUAUCAAUGAUCUUUCUGAAGUGGAACAGGCCGUGAAAGCAAUUUCCAGCCAAAAGAUUGAACCUUACUUGCCUUUUGAAUUCACGUGUGAAGGAAUGCUUCAGAGAAUGAAUGUGUUCAUUGAGAAACAGGAUUUUUGUCAUGGCCAAGUGAUGUGGCCUCCGUUAAGUGCUCUUCAAGUCAAAAUGGCUGAAACUGGAAAAUCGUGUAAACAGGUUUGUCAAGAAAACCAGCUCAUAUGUGAACCAUCUUUUUUCCAGCACUUGAAUAAGGACAAAGAUCUCUUGAAAUACAACAUUCAGUGUCAUACUGCUGAGUCUGCAAAUGAUAUUCUGGUCCCAUCUUUUGAUGAAAAGAGAAAGCACUGUGUUUUCCAGGGUGAUCUUUUGUUGUUCAGCUGCGCAGGGUCUCAUCUAAACCAUAAAAGGAUCUGCCCUUGUAGAGACUAUCUUAAAGGACAAGUUGCACUAUGUAAAGACUGCCUAUAGCAGGAAUUUAAUGUGACUUUUCAAAGUGGCUUGGAGAGAGCCACACUGUGCACUUUGCUACUGCAGACAAAACAGUCGUCGAAGAGCAGAAAUCUGUCCUGAGAAAGGGCAGAUAAGUGAUUUAAAUGUUUAGGAAAAUAAACCUCAAUUUUUAUGUUUUCAUUUCUCGAAGUGAGCUACUUCCAGACACAGAAAUCUCUUUAUUCAAAGACAUGACAAAUCAACGUCCCGACAAGAGCUUGAGAUAAUGUUGGGGCUUCUUCCCCAGUGACUCCUCAAGAUGGACAGUUUGUCAGACAUCACUGAACAAAAUAUCAACCUGAAAGGAUUGGAUGGUGCAGAAACGUCUUCAGACUUGCCAUAGGUAGGCAAAAUGGUGGUGCUGUUCCCGUCGACAAGGCCAGGCAGCUGCUGAAUAACAACACCAUGGUCUUGGUCACUUUCUGGCCUAUCCCAGUCUCAAUGGACUUUCCCCACCAUCGCUGUUUGAGACUGCCAUUUAAGGAAACCCUCCAAAAUAGGACUGGUAGCUGACAGACUGACCUUUAGGAUCCGUUAGGCUUGAUGAUGGGUUAUGAUUGUGGCAUUAAUCAAGAGUUGGAAUAGCCACAUAAACACCCAAUCUGUUUUCGUUUUGUUUUGUUUUGUUUCAAAAAAACCAACAACACUCGUUUUCAACUCUGUAUUCUCUUUCUCACUUGUCCAAAGGUUUUGCUUAGGGGUGUUAGGAAUACUGUGUAAUCAUUGGAGAUAAAAUAGUUUCACUGGAGCAAUAUUUUAUUUCUUGAAUUUGCUGUAAGAUAGCAAAACAGUGUCUAAAAUAAUGAAGGCAGGUGGAAGAGUGGUCUGCCCCAGUAUCUUGUAAGGAUUUAAAGAGUAAUUAUGGUCUACAAAUAAUGGUCAUGAAAAGGGGGCUUUAUUUUAUGCAGCCCUUGUUAAAAAAAUGGAUGUGUAGAAAUAGGCCAUUUAUUUUUUAAAUUGCAAUUAAUCCAGAAUAUUGAAUUUAAACAUUGUUUGUAGUCAGGAUAUAAGCUGUUUCUUUUUUUAAAAAAUGCACAGUAUCUUUUUUAAUUGUUUUUUUUUUAGCACAACUGACACAUGUUUAAAUGCACUGUUCAUGGGUAGGAAAAAUAGCAUUGAAUUGAAAAUGAAUAUGGAUAGGGAACAGAAGAGACUUGGGCCAUUUGCAAAAUCAAAACUGUUAUUUCCCUCCUUUGUAAACAUUAAUUGCUAUUUCUACUGAUAAAACAAUAUGCCUGCUUUUAAUCUUUUAUAAUCUAUCAACUCUUUACUUGAUGCAUUAUUUCAUAUCUAAAGAUCAUUGCCUAUCUCUUCACUUGCAGAAGACAAGAAACAUUUUUGAAGAAAUUGCCACGUUGAAGUUUUAAAGUUGAUUUUUUUAAAAAAAUCUGGUUAAAAUAAGUGGAAAUCUGUGUGAGCAUAGUAUUUACGGAAGCCGGUUAUUUAUGUUAAGGGACAUAUUGCCAGAUCUGAAUAAAUUUUGAAUAAGAAAAAUGAUAUUAAAAAAAUGUUUACAUUGUAUUAUUCAGAAACACUCACUUUGUAACAAGAAAUAUAUUACCUAAAUUGAAACAUGUUAUGAGUAGAAUUAAAAGUUACUAAGGAUUAAACCUCGAAAUUAGGAUUCAGUGAAUUGAAUGUCAGAUUGUAAACAUUUCUUUCUUGGUUCUGCAGAAUGUAACUCUUGGGAUCUAAGCAUGUGUAUUUUUUAAGUUAUCAAACCUAGAUAAUUUCUAAGGCCAAGAAUUAUAUAUAUGUAUAUCAUGAGUUCACCUGAACCCACAGACUUAGCACUUCUAAUUGCUGUAGCAGCUAAAAGAAUUUGAUAUUUGUGUUGUAAAUACAACUUUGUUAAUGUCUUCAAAUUAAUUUAUCCUGCAUAAUGGUGGACUGCUUUAAGUCCAGUAUUUCUUUUCCAGAAAAGCUAACAAUAAAGCACGAAUUAAAAAAUCCAGGCAAAUUUUGUAGGAAAGAAUGGAAAUUAUCAGAAACCAGAUCUGCUUGGAAUCUUUCCUUCAACAUUACUGUGGAUUUUAUAUUCUCGUGCUAAAUUGUAAACUUGCACCUGUGUGUGUUUGUAUUCAUAAAUUGCUUCAGAGAGAGUAAUAAUAUAUUAACAUCCAAACAAACCCUAAAACCUAGAAUGAGUUGUUGGUUGGUCAAAUCAAUAAUUAUAGAACUUCAUUCAGAGGUAGAUUUGUUAAUUGAUAGUCUUGUAGUUCAACAUAGAUAUAUACAUUUGUUGAGAAAGAAAAAAAAUGGUUGCAAGUUAAAAAGUGAAGAGUUUUUGGAAAAGUAGAAUUGUUACAGUUCUUAUAUUUUUGCAGUACUUGUAUGAUGUCAUUGAGAGUAGGGUCAGAUCUUCAAUAGGUUCAUUAUUUCAUAGUUUAUUGAAGUUUUUUAUGACAGUAAAAUGGUGUUGAUCCUUGAAGGAAAAUUGUAUAUUGGGCCUUUCAGUUGGAAUUCCAUAUUUAUUUACACUAUCCCGAUUUGGUGGAGCAAAAAGUUUAAGGCAAAUAACAUUUUUGUCAGUUCAGGUUAGAUUGACCUGACACUUUUUCCAUGAAAAAUGUCUAUUAAAAUGUAGACAUUAACAAGUCCAGUUCCAUUGAGCACUGUUAUAUAAGCUGAAUAUUAAAUGGUUUGUUCAAGAUGUCAUUAAAAAUUACACAGAUUUAUAGGUGUUAAUUCCUUCUUUUUU